UCCACGACUAUAAAGUUGAGGUUUCUUUCACAAACUCUACUGCCGAAGCCUGCGCAUUGUAGCUCAUUGCCGAUAUAAUGGGAGCUUACAAGUAUUCAUCGGAGUUAUGGAGGAAGAAGCAAUCCGAUUUGAUGAAGUUCGUUCAGAGGGUGCGCUGUUGGGAAUAUCGCCAGCAUCCUUCCAUUGUCCGAGUCACAAGACCCACACGCCCUGACAAGGCUCGUCUCUUGGGUUACAAGGCCAAGCAGGGUUAUGUUGUUUAUCGUGUCCGUGUAAGGCGUGGUGGUCGCAAGAGGCCUGUUCCAAAGGGUAUCGUAUAUGGGAAGCCCACAAACCAGGGUGUGACAAAACUAAAGUUUCAACGCAGCUUGAGGUCUGUCGCGGAGGAGCGCGCUGGCCGAAAAUUGGCUGGGCUUAGGGUUCUGAAUUCAUACUGGAUCAAUGAGGAUUCGACUUACAAGUACUUUGAGAUAGUCCUGGUCGAUGUUGCUCAUAAUGCUAUCCGAAAUGACCCAAGAAUCAACUGGCUCUGCAAUCCUGUUCACAAGCACAGGGAGCUUCGUGGGCUGACUUCGGCUGGGAAGAAGUACCGGGGUUUGCGUGGAAAGGGGCACUUAUACCACAAGGCACGACCAUCUCGCAGGGCAACCUGGAAGAGAAACACCACCCUCUCCCUUCGUCGCUACCGUUGAUUUCAGUCAUGUUACCUUACGCUUGCUUAGGAAGUUAUGUCUGGGUACUUCCAGGAAGACAAUGUUUGAAUCAAUUGUUGUAUUUGAAUGAUUUACUGUCUAAUUCGGAUAGGCUCUUUAUAGUUAGUCUCUUGUCUUGGUGUCAUGUGUGGGUAUUAUGAGGAAGUUGUGUCUGGGUAGUUUUGAGGAUGUUGUUUAUGUUUGUCAUGAAUUUGGUAAUUGAAAACUUGAACCAGGUUAUUAUUGAAUGUUUUACUGUCUAAGUUGAUUGUCCCUGGUGACGUGUAUUGAGAGCGAAAUGCCGUGGUGCAUAAUAUAAUAUAUUAGGUUGUAUUAA